AUGGCGUCGACCGACCCCGAUCCGCUGUUGAUGCUGCGGCAGUCAAUUGGCGCGAACAGCAGCAUGAUCCCAACCACGUCGCCCGACUCGUCUGAGGAAGCGCCGCUCUCCAAAGCAACCCAUCUUAUCUUCACCCACCCGACCCGGGUCGCAGUGCCUAUGGACGUCCCGACGCGGUUUGUGUCCGCUGAAGGCAACGCGGUUGACCUGCGCAGCAUCUACUUUGCCUGGUUGCAUCACGAAUAUCCCGUCCCGGAGUACAAUACCAUUGCUACCAAGUUAAAUGAGGAGAUGGCAGGGAAAUACACCGUACACCAGUUUGCUUUCGUCGAGCGUCUAGAGCUUUUUACUUGGCUAGAGGGUGCCAGUGAAGAAAGCGACUUCAUCAAGCCUCUGGCCGGCGAUAAGGACGCGACGGCCGCCGGAAGCGCAGCGACGACAGGUGCCGCGCUUAAGGCGGCGCCGGCAUCUUCAGCCCGCACAGGGCGAGGCACGCUCGACCCGCGCCUGGCGCAGAUAUACAACGGAGAGCGCCGCAUGGGCGACCGAAAUACCGUUCUCAGGGGGAUAAAGCCAACGGAUUUCUCGCACGUCCGUAAGCUCGCUGCGCCCUUCAUGACACGCAAACCAGGCGGACCCCCGUUGGCUGGCAGCGUCGGCGUCGGCGCCAGCCCGGCCCUCGCACUUAACCAGAAACCGGCACGGCGGCCAGACCCCAUUAUCCUCCUCUCACCCUCAGCUUCAUCCCUGCUGCGCAUGUCCAACGCGAAGGCCUUUCUUGAAGGCGGCCGGUACACGCCGCCUGACCACAACACAGGAGCGUCGAUGCUGCACGUCUCGCGCACGCUCAAGGAGAUCGACCCGGCGCGUCCCGUGCGCUUCAUCCUGGUCGAGGGGCCAGAGCAGUUCAAGCCUGAGUACUGGAACCGCGUGGUUGCCGUGUUUACAACGGGCCAGGCGUGGCAGUUCAAAAACUACCGGUGGAGCAACCCGAACGAGCUCUUUAAGCACGUCUUGGGCGUCUACCUCGGCUGGCGCGGCGAGCAACCGCCUGACUCGGUCCGCUCCUUCGGCCACCGUAUCCUCACGUGCUCCGUCGAAAAGUGGCGCGACCCGGGUCAGCCCGGCGCCGAGACCAGCCGCUGGCGCGACCGCGAGGUCGUCGAGUCCAUCUGGAAGGCCAUCGAGGCCAAUAUGAGGGCAAAGGGGUGGCGUAAGGAUGCGGCGCCUGCUUCGAUUUGA